AUGGUAUUAAAAAAAGAAGCUUUUUACUUAAGAUACUAUUCAGGACAUACUGGGCGUUUUGGCCAUGAAUUUUUAGAAUUUGACUUCCGUGCGGAUGGGACAUCACGUUAUGCUAAUAAUUCGAACUACAGGAAUGAUUCGUUAAUCCGUAAAGAAAUGCGUGUGAGUCAGCCAAUUAUAACAGAACUUAAGAGGAUUAUUGAAGAUAGUGAGAUUAUGAAAGAAGAUGAUUCAAGAUGGCCAAAAAAAGAUAAGGAUGGGCGGCAAGAAUUAGAAAUACGUCUAGGAAAUAAGCAUAUAUCAUUUGAAACAGCAAAAAUAGGAUCAUUAGUGGAUGUUCAGGAAAGUGAAGAUCCUGAAGGCUUGCGUGUAUUUUAUUAUCUUGUUCAGGAUCUUAAGGCUUUUAGUUUCAGUCUUAUAUCUUUACAUUUUAAAAUAAGGCCUAUUUAA